AUGAGUAAGCCUAGCAAGCAGAACGCAAAAGAAAAAUCGAGAGCAGGUAAUGGACUGAGGGACAAAGUGAUGCGAUAUGACUUCUCUGGCAGCAAACUUGCCGAGACGGUACCCAAGGGAAGCCGAUAUCAGCGACGAAGGCGCUAUCUUCUGGGGAAAAAGAUCCGUGCUACUAUCGAGCCCCUCAAGUUCUGA